CGGUGUCACCGUAAUCCGCUUUCCUUCCUGGACAGAGUCAGGCUGCCAUCUUGUUCGCCAGUGAAGCAGUGAGGGACGAAGACCGUCGACCGCUCUUCAUGCGCAUCAAACCGAAUAUUGUUAAUUGCAAUCGGUAUAAACUGGUAAUUGUAAACGCUUUAUUUGAUCUGAUUGAAAUAUUUACUUAAUUACUUAUUUUAUUGGGAAAAAUAGUAAUAAUCGUGCUGCAGUAAAGACGUUGGCAACAUGCUAUUCGAUACGCGGUAGAAUAUUGAGUUGUUAAUAUUACAUUCUGUAUACAUUAUUUAGAAGGUGUGUUUCUGAUUUGAAAUUGAUUUUGUUACUAACAGUUAGUACAAAUAUAUAAUUAUCGGUCAAAAAAUAUAGGCCUAACAUCAAGACUGCUAGAUUUGUUGAAAGCAUCCAACUUUAGACAAUUUUAAAUAGUUGAUAUAAUCUUUAAUGAGCGUAGUCAGUUCGUUACACAUUUUUACAAAUUUGAAGUAUUAUCUGUUUGUGAUUGUAAACGUAUUUAUUAACUUUUUGGUUUAUUGGUCAUUUGAUUGUGACUUAUUUUUAAAAAUGUGGCCUUCUGAUUAUUUAGGAUUUACAGACGGAUUUACGAAUGAUGUGAACUUCACCGGUGUCUGCUCUGUAUAUUUACAGUUGCGGACACAAAAUCGGCGAAAUAUCUAUUCAGACAACAACCAUUUUAAAACGUAACCAAUAAGAAAUUCCUCAUUGCCAUGGUCGAAAAAAAUCACCUGUUGCCAAAAUAAUAUUUUCAGGUUUUAAACUGCGAAACUGUCGUCCUAAUUAUUUGUCCUUUUGCAUGAAUAUCCAUAUUUUACUUUUUUAAAUGUACUGUAAGUUUAAAAACUUGUGCUGUCUCCAAUAACAAUAUUGUUCAUAUAACAAUAUACAUUGGAUCCCAGUUCAUAUUCAAAUAACUAUUUGUUCAGCACAUGGGGAGUGUUUUUGUCUCUUUUGUUUUUACAUUUAGGUUAUGCCAGAACAUGUUCUUCAUCCAGAGGAACUGGAUACUUUGACUGCAUUAGCUUCGCUGAAGAUUGCUGCAUUUUUUUUUUUUUUUUAUACUCUCCAUUGAUUGCUCUUUUUAAUCCCUCAUUGGGAGUUUUUCUCCCCUCAAAGUUCCUGUUCACCCCAAUUAAAUUUCCCAUCCAGCAUCAGGAGAUGUAGAAGAUAUCCCUUUUUUCUUUCCAUCACCUUCAAGAAAGGCAGUCCCUUGGCUCUCCUUUUUGACAACAUCUAGCUUGCAGUUCUGUUUAGUUUUUUUUUAACUCGCCAACCCACUUUGAAUUUUCAACAUUAUUGGAGGAAAAUAUACUGGAAUCAGUAAAAAGGACGUUUUCUACCAUCAACCAAUUUUAACAAAGCAGUUUAAUGGGAACAGGUCUCUAAGAGAGGCAAAAUUUGCCUCUCUCAACCUGUUCAGUCUUUACUCAUCAGUCAAGUAUUCCUUCAGGAUCCACAUAGUGCGGAGUGACGCUUCAAGAAGUGCUUGAGAUCACCAGGAAACAUCUCAGCCACAGCAGGGAGAUUCACGUGAAGCCUGUCGCAGGCAUCCCCCAAGAUCCCAGCAUCGCUGAAGAGCUCCUGACCUUGAAGAGUACAGACUUGUGCCAGUAUGACCAUGCAAGGAAAUGACUGCUAUUUCUACUACUACUCAAAGUGUAGUAAGGGUGACAGCUGCCCUUUUCGUCACUGCGAGGCUGCCAUCGGUAGCGAGACUGUCUGCACCCUAUGGCAAGAGCAGACGUGCUUCCGCAAAAUCUGCAUGUUUCGCCACAUGGAAAUAAAGAAAAACCGCAAGGAUAUCCCAUGCUAUUGGGAGAACCAGCCAGAAGGUUGCCAGAAACCUCACUGUGCUUUCCAUCAUGUGAAGUCACGCAGCAUUGAUGGGAAAUGUUUCCCUCCAGAUGAAGGGCAAGUAGUCUGGAAGGAAAAAGAUGUACCACACGAGGACCAAGCCAUCCAACUCCCUUCACCCUUUGCACCCCCAACCAAUCCACAGCUUAGAGGAGUCAUUAGAAAUGAGACCCAAGAAAAUGUGCCCAGCCCUACACAUCCACCAGUGGUCAUCAACCCUGUGGAUGAUGAUGAUGAUGAAGAUGACCAGUUCUCAGAGGAAGGAGAUAAAUCUCUUGGAGGCUCACCCAGGAAACUGAUCACAAAUGAUUCUCUGAACUUUGGAAUCCUAGAGGAGAUCAGAUUGAGGAAAGCACUUUUGUCCAAUCUAAAUAUGACUGGACAGUCCACAUUGCAAGGUGCUGAUCAAAGCAAUGGAACUGCUAUUGAGACGGAAAACAUUCAAUCGUUCUCGUGGCUGGAAAUUAACAAUGCCAAGAUUGAUUCUUCUGUGAAUGAAAUUGGAAAGAGAAAAAUUACAGAGAGACUUGGGAAAAGAAUUUUUGGAGGAGAUAUUCCUAUGGAAGGAGAAAUACCUUUGAAACGAAGCCUUGCUGAAUGUCUUUGUGGAGUUGUUGAAUCCUCCGCAGAGCAUGCAGACAUGCCUCCACAGAAUACUCAGAAACCAGUGCGUGAAAGACUUGGAUUGACUACUGACCUCGCUACUAAUGAUAUGGAGCCAAAGUCAUCUGGCAACAUUAGUAUAAAAUCCCUCAAGGAGAUUCGGCAAGAGAAAGCUGCCAGAACCGACAAAGCGAGUAAAGUAGUGCGUGUUGUCAAAGAAGUCCCAUCAAAGGAGUCGAGCCCUUCCAAAAAAACUGCUGGUGGACAUCAAGUUAAGACUUUCUCUGAAAUCCUUCACAAAAAGAAAAAACUUCAGGAGAAAAAAGCCCAGGAAGUAAAUGCUGCUGCCAGAAGCCCAGAGCAAAAUGAGGGCCCUUCCACUGUGGGAGCUGCAGUCAAGGCCGCAGUCGCUGCUGGGGAGGUGAGAGUGAAGACACUAGAGGAAAUACGCAGGGAGAAGGCUGCACGAAUGCAGGCACAACUUAAAGAGACGACAAACGACAGGGCCACAACCUCUAGUGAGCCUAGUGGAGCUCCAAAGGGGCGCAUUCUGCGCAUUAACAAAUCCUCACCUGCAAACAAUGUGAGUCAGACAAAACUAGAUGCGUCUUACAAGAAACUGGAACCUGCUACAGAGUUGUUCCAGGCAAAUGGAAAAGGGGACAACACCGGCGAGACCGUUAAAGUGAAGACGUUUGAGGAGAUCAUGCGAGAGAAGAGACUCCGCAAGCAGCAGCAGCAGGAGCGAGGCACUUCCACCGUCCAAAAAGAAGCAGGACCUGCUGCCUCACCACCAGCCUCUGAACCCUCCACCCAGCCUCAGACCUCAGUGGGUCACCGCAUUACCCUCAAACCCCAGACCCCUCUGGUCCCUGCUGCUGUAGUGCCCCAGCAGAGCUCCCCUAAGCAAUCUGGUGAGAGUACUCCAUCUUCAAACACACUGAUUCCCUCAACCCCUGCAAUGAUACAUGUCCAGCUAACUGAGGGAACCAUUGAAAUGGUAGAGACCAAAGUGAAGCCUAAGGUGAAUGUGAAGCCAUCAGUGAUGAAGCCAGCAUCUCAGCCUGAACUGAAGAGGAAAGCUUCUAAGGUUCAUCACUCUGCUGUUGCUGAAGUGAAACCACAUAACACUGCUUAUCAAAUGCCUUCAUUAUUGGAAAUUCCCAACAAGUGGAUAAAGUUGGCUUCCCCUAUCCCUGUGAUGGACGUUCAGUCUGACACUCAGCAGGUGCCCUCCAACACUGAGGAUGUUAAAAUGGUGCCUACGCUUGAGCCCAGCAGUACCACGUCAACAGCUUCUGAGACCGUUGCUGUCCCUAAAAGCCCUGUGAUCAGAACACCAAGUUUGCAGCUUUCUCGGCGGUCCAGUACAGCUGCUCGUACUCCCGCUGCUGUUGUCGUUAGCAGUUCAUCAUUGGACGACUUUGAAGACCUGUUAGAUGAAUUUACCGGCGAUCGGCUGGAGGAUGAUUUGGAAUUGGACCCGGCCAAGGGAGAGGACGACCUCCUUUUAGAACUCUCCGAGAUGAUCGACAGUUAGACAUUGAGUGGUCUACAUCCCUUCACUUACAGGCCUGUGCCCUCUGCCCCAAACAAACCCACUGCCAUUAAGGAUUAGAAAAGACUUCAUGACUUCUUUUAGUCUACAGCAUUUUAAAUUAAAAUGUUUUAUUUGCAAAUUAAGUGUCUUAACUUUUUCUCACUUUUUUUUUUUGUUGUAAAUAUGAUUUUUUUCAUCAAAUUGUACUUGAUUUAACUGGUUUUGCCCCCUCAAUUUUCUUGUAUUUUACUUCUGUUGUCAAAAAAGGAAAAAACUUUGUUCUGAUGUUGCAGGUAUUGUUUAACAAGCCACCAUUGUAACAGCCUCGGGUAUAUUGUGUUGGAUGUCAUACAGCACUAGCACACAUCAUGUUACAAUAACAGGAAGUUUUCACUUGUGUACUAUGUAUACUGAAAGUAGUUUUUAAGUAGGCACUGCAAGGCCUCACCUUUCUUAAUAUUGUCUCUGUUUCACAUGUAUUUAAAGUGAGUCAUUAAGUGUUCCUUUGCCUGUGUUCAUUUUUUUAGAUUAUUUUAAUGGCAAAUUUCCCUAAUCUUUGAUCUAGCAUAGGACAUUAUAUCUGUCUGUUGUUUAUUGAUCUGACAUGGAACUAAAGGACAGGGAUCCUGCAUUUAUUUUUUUCCCCUUCGUCUAGAAUCAAUUCUAUUGCUAAUUUUACACUCAGUUGAAUUGCCUUGUGAGCAUCUCUACAUUUUCACCUUUAGUAGUUCAUGCGAAAUUGGUUUAAUGUGUUUUAGCAGUCAUGUUCCUUCUCAGACUUCUGACUUCAGUAAGCGGAAUACAAGAAAAAGCUGUAUUCUCAGGAAAAAUGUUUCGGUGUUGAAACCGCUUAGCUUUAUAUCUUCAUGUUUUAUUUGGAACAGUUUUGUCCAUCCAUGUCAUCCAAGCUUCCUUUUUUUUUUUAUCAAGUUUGAACUUGUCAUGCAUUCAAAACUUGGAUCUGAAAUGUAUUUUGUGUGGGUGUAUGUGCCUAUUCUUUAUUGGCACCUCUACAAACCAGCUUUGUAAAUAAAAUGUCUAU